UAAUAACAUACUAUUUUCAAUGCUUCGACAAGGCAGCCAACUUCAACCUUUUCUAAACAUAGGAGGAAUUGCAAGGACAUUGGUGAGGUCUGCAGUCAAGGGAAGCAAUCAAUCAAGAUGGCUUAAGAGACAGCAAACCGAUUUGUAUGUAAAAAGGGCCCAGAAGGACAACUAUCGCUGUCGAAGUGCUUACAAAUUGAUUGAGCUCAAUGACAAGUUCCACUUCCUUCAACCAGGAAAAGUUGUGAUUGACUGUGGUGCAAGCCCAGGUUCUUGGACUCAAGUGGCUGUUGACAGAGUGUUAUCACAGAAAUCUGGUUACCAACAUGGAGCUGUAAUAUCUGUGGAUUUACAAGACAUUGAAGACAUAGAUGGAGCAACUAUAUUUUCAAGAUGUGAUUUUACGAGCACAAGUACACAAAAGAGAAUUCUUACAGUAUUGCCUUCAUCUGGUGCUGAUGUUAUUAUGAGUGAUAUGGCUCCAAAUGCAAGUGGAAACCACACAGUGAAUCAUGAAGCUAUCCUGGGUCUGUGUGAGUCAGCCUUGGAUUUUAGCAAAUCAGUUUUGAAGCCCUGUGGGAUUUUUCUUUGUAAACUAUGGGAUGGAUAUGGUACUAAAGAUUUUAUCAAUACACUGGAAAAAAAUUUCCAUCAAGUUCGGAAAUGUAAACCUCAAGCAAGCAGAAGGGAAUCAGCAGAGAUUUAUCUUUAUGCAGAAAACUUUAAAAAAUAAG